AAGCACCGAAUCCAUGUCUAGCGCUCAUUUCCAUCUCCGCAAAAUGCAGACGCCUGCGUACGAUGUCGAGGUCAUCAGGUUACGACCAUCUUCUAUCAGACAUUAAGCCGAGUUUUCCUUACCCUUCUUGCUUCCUCUCUCCGCUCGAAAGUCACAGUCAUCUCGGAAAAGACCGUUUGGCGCGCACAACAUCCUUAUAACUACGAUGGCGUCCGCUACAGGCAUUCCAGAGCAGAAUCCCGCACUUGCAGAAGAGGAACCUCUCUUGGGACGUCCAGGAGAUGCUACACAGAAGCCAGACCAGGGACUGCAGUACAAUCUCGUCACAGGCACUGCUAUCCUAGCACAAGCAGGUGCCUGGAUCCUCGCAGCUCUCGUCUGGGCUGCAGUCUUCGAACAUCCCUUCAUCUUCUUCUCGUACCAUCCACUGCUGAACUCGGCCGCAACGUUACUGCUUGUCCAGGGUGCGCUCGUCCUGCAACCGACAGCGAGCCAGAAAGAUAAAGUCCAUGGAGCAUAUGUACACUCGAUCACCAAUACGUUGGCCGUCGCAGGCUUCAUCGCCGGAUUGAUUAUCAUGGAGAUGAACAAGGCUUCCCACCCGGAGACUCGGUUCCAGAGCGUCCAUGGCAAGAUGGGACUGGUGGCAUACAUAAUCAUCUUUGCCCAAUGGUUGGUCGGAUUCGCGCAGUUCUUCGUCCCGCAGGUGUUUGGCGGCGUUGACAAUGCCAAGUCCAUGUACAAGUACCAUCGAUGGGUCGGAUAUAUCCUGACGGUGUACAUCUUGGCUGUGAUUGCCGCCGCGACUUCUACAGGUUACAACAAGAACGUACUGCACAUCAAGCUGUGGGCUGUCAUUGUCUCCGCAGUCCUGGUCCUCCUGGGGGUUGUCCCACGCAUCAAGAAGCACAAGCUGGGUCUCUGAUUACUUGACGACAAGAGACACCGAAAUGCGGUACGUAACCAUCAAUUGAAGGGAGCAAGGGACGAUGCUCCUAUCUGAUUUCGACCCUUCCUAUGCAAAAGAAUGAUUGGGAAGGGUAAUUGUCCUUCAUGACCAUUUGAGCUGGCACGAGAAAAAUGUUUUA